UUAUCAAGGAAGAAGUUUAUAUGGGAACUAGGAUAGACAACUUCAGAACUUGAAAGCAAUAACAGUGGGCAAGAUUGAACGUCUAUUAUGAAGAUGAACAACGAAACCACACCGAGAGAUAGCGUCUCAAAAUUGCACACAGACGACGCCAUUUCUGGUAUUGCGAAGAUGCCACAAGUACCUGACGGAGGCUGGGGAUGGGUCGUGUGCUCGGCCUGCUUUCUCGUGCAUAUGCUGAUAGACGGUCUAUUUUACUCUUUUGGUGUCAUAUAUGUAGAGCUGCUUGAAUAUUAUGGUUCAUCCAAAGGCAGCACAGCAUUGAUUGGAUCAUUGUGUCCAGGUGUAUUGUUUCUGAUUGGGCCGGUAGUGUCUAUGUUGGUGAGGAAGUUUGGUUGUAGAGCCGUUGCCGUUUCCGGUGCACUGGUGGCGUCUGCCAGUCAGAUUGCUAGCAUCUUUGCUCCAAAUAUGCAGUUUCUCUACUUCUCGCUUGGCAUCAUGACAGGUGUUGGAUAUGGGUUGAUUUAUCUUCCAUCGAUUGUGUGUGUUGUAAGUUACUUUGACAAACGUCGAUCUCUUGCCGCCGGAAUAGGGGUCAGCGGAACUGGAAUAGGAACGUUUAUAUUUAGCCCCAUUACUAGUCUACUGGUUCAGGAAUACGCCUGGCAAGGGGCAAUUUUGGUACAUGCUGGACUGCUCCUAAAUUGCAUCGCCUGUGGUCUUGUGUUCUUGCCUCUUGUGAAACAAGAACCUGUUGAGAACAAAGAGAGUUUUGCUUUUUAUUCUGAAAAGGACGUCACAAUAAAGGUUCAAAAUGGUCGAGACGAUUUUGAAAAUAGCCAUUUGGAAAAUGGGCAACGAUACUAUGCAGAGUUUACCGAACUGCAAAAUGAUACCUCUUUAGAGAUCAUCUGUGGUCAUACGUCGAAUGAAUCCGUUCACACAAGUGUUACCCCACCAGAAAUCCAAGCCCUUUUAUCGCCCUAUGACAACAAUGGCAAUUCCGUCCAUGGCAGUGUUCUUACCUGUGAACAAACCAGUUCAGACCACCAAAUGGACGAAAAUGCCAAAUCUACAUUUACACGUGCCUGCAUAUCAUCAGGAUGUUUUGCAAGUUUAAAGGGACAUUUUGACUUUGAAAUAUUUAAACUUGUGCCUUUCAACUUGUUCAUGGUAUCAUCAUUCUUUUAUAGUCUCGGAUAUUAUGUUCCAUAUAUAUACCUUCCAGACACUGCAAUAGACGUUGGUAUCGACGAUCUGGACGCUGCGUGGCUUCUCUCAGUUGUUGGUAUUACCAACACCAUUGCCCGUGUUCUGUUUGGUUUCCUUUCUGACCGGAAGUGGGUCAAUCGGUUCUUAUUAUAUAGCACGGCUCUAAUCAUUUGCGGCUGUUCGACAGUGGCAGCACCUUUUAUGAAGUCAUUCUGGUCUCUUGUAUUGUACUCGACCUUAUUUGGAGUGUUUAGUGGCGUAACGGUUUCGCUUACCUCUGUAUUACUGACAGACAUUGUUGGCAUAGAGAAGCUGUCAGACGCUUUUGGAAUGACUAGCUUUAUCUCAGGAAUAUCUGUGUUCGCAGGUCCACCGAUUGCAGGUUUGCUUUACGACAUCUCAGGAAGUUACAUGGUUCCCUACGUUGGAGCAGGUGUUACUAUAGCAGCGAGUGGAGCUAUUCUUCUUCUUAUACCAUUGUUGGAUAUGAGAUCUAAUUCAAAAUAGCAAGAAAUGAGAAUAUACUCUAUUUUAUGAUAUCUCAUGAAGUUACAUUGUUUUCUAACUCGGAGUAGGCGUUGCUAUAGCAGCGUGUGACGCUAUUCUUUUAAUUCAAUUGCUGCACAAGAUAUCUACAACAAAUUAGCAAUAAAUGUAAAUAUACUGUAUUUUAUGAUACCUCAUGAAGUUACUUUGUUCUCUACGUCGGAGAACCGUAACUAUAACAGCGAGUGACGCUAUUUUUUAUAACUCAAUUGUUGGAGAAUAUAUCCACAUCAAAUUAGCAAUAAAUGAGUAUAUGCUGUA